UCUGAGAACAUCAAAGAAGAUGGUUUUUAGCUGAAGCCAGCAUGUGUUUGAUAGUUUAGCACUUAGUGACCUUCGAGGAUGUGGCCGUGAACUUUACCCAGGAAGAGUGGACUUUGUUGGAUCAAACGCAAAGAGAUCUCUACAGAGAUGUGAUGUGGGAGAACUACCAGAAUCUCAUUACAGUAGGGUACAAAUCAUGCAAACCACAUCUCAACUCUCCUUUGGAAGGAGCAGAAGAGCUGAGGACAGGAGCAAGAGUUCUGCAGGAAUUGGAUUUGCAACUUAAAACCAAAGGUCCCACACCUCUUCAAGAUAUUUCUGUGGAAAAAACAUCAAAUGGAAUAUAAUUGGAGAGAAGCAAUCCUGGAGAGGAACAAUAUGGCUCUAACCUGUGUGGAAAAGUGUUUGGUGAACACUCAUUUCUUAUGACACACACGAGAACUCACAUUAGACAGAAAACUUCUAAGGGUAAUCAGAGUCGAAAAGCCUUCAAAAAGAACUUUAUUCAUACUUUGCUCAGAAAUCAUACUUUGCUCAAGGAAAUCAGUGCUUCUGAGUGUAUUCAACAUGAAAAAGUCUCGAGUCAGCUUUCAAAUCUCAAAAAAACUCAGACACAAGGGAAAUCGUGUGAACACAAAGACUGUUGGAGAACUUUUGUGAAUCAGUCAUCGCUUAAGUUACAUAGGAGAUAUCACACUGGAGAAAAGCCCUAUGUGUAUAAAGAACAUGGGAAAGCUUUCACUGAUCCCUCAUACCUUCCAGAUCAUAUAGGAAUUCACACUGGCAAAAAGCCCUAUGUAUGUUUGGAAUGUGGGAAAGCCUUUACUCGAUCCACAGGACUUAUUUUACACAUACGUAUUCACACUGGAGAAAAACCCUUUGAGUGUAAGGAGUGCGGAAAAGCUUUUAUUCAUUCCUCCUACCUUAAAAAACAUGUAAGAAUUCACAGUGGAGAGAAGCCAUAUUUAUGUAAAGAGUGUGGGACUUUUACUUGUUCCUCAGGUCUUGUCUUACAUAUGCGAACACACACUGGCAAAAACCCCUAUGUGUGUAAGGAAUGUGGGAAAGCCUUCAAUAAUUCCUCAAUGCUUAAUCAACAUAUGAGGACACACACUGGAGAGAAGCCAUAUGAAUGCAAGCAGUGUGGGAAAACCUUCACUCAGUCGUCAGGCAUUACUACACAUUUAAGAACACACACUGGAGAGAAGGCCUGUGCAUGUGAAGAAUGUGGGAAAGCCUUUGCUCGGUCCACAAAUCUUGUUAUGCACAUGCGAACACACACGGGAGAAAAGCCGUACAAAUGUAAAGAAUGUGGGAAAGGCUUUAGAUACUCCACAUGCCUGAAUAUGCACAUGCGAACUCACACCGGAGAGAAACCAUAUGAAUGUAAGGAAUGUUGGAAAACCUUCACUCAGUCUUCAACACUUGCUAAACAUCUAAGAACUAAGACAUGUGAAAAAACCUGUAAAUGUUCCUCAGACCUUAGUAUUCACAUCUAAACUCAUCUGGAGGGGGCUUCCCUUGUGGCGCAGUGGUUAAGAAUCCACCUGCCAAUGCAGGGGACACAGGUUAGAGCCCUGGUCUGGGAAGAUCCCACAUGCCGCAGAGCAACUAAGCCCGUAGGCCACAACUACUGAGACUGCGCUCUAGAGCCUGAGAGCCACGACUACUGAGCCUGCGUGCCACAACUACUGAAGCCCACGCACCUAGAGCCUGUGCUCCGCAACAAGAGAAGCCACUGCAAUGAGAAGCCCAUGCACCACAACAAAGAGUAGCCCCCACAACUAGAGAAAGCCUGUGUGCAGCAACGAAGACCCAAUGCAGCCAAAAUAAAUUAAAAAUUAAUUUAAAAAAAUUAAAAAAAAAUAAACUCAUCUGGAUAAAGACCUCAUGAAAGUAAAGAAUGUGAAAAAGCUUUACUCAGUUUUCAUCCUUACGUGAUAUUUGGGAACUUACAUGGGGCAGAAUUCGAAUUCAUAGAACGUACAUGGGAGAGCAGUAAUUGUUCACACCUUACAGGAUGUCUAAGAACUCACACUUGAGAGAAAAACUUUCUGGUCAUAAGGCGUGUAGGCAAACCUUUUUGUUGUUGUUCUAACAUUAAUUUUAUAUACCUGAAAUUACUGUAAAAGCCAUGUGAAGGUAAGAAUUAGAUACAACCUUAAAAUGUUUCACAUGCUUUAAAAAGCACAUGAUAACUCACACUGGGGAAAAACCACAUAUAUGUAAGGAAUGUGGUAAAACUUUUACUUAGUGUUAAGGCCUUAAUAUCCACGUGAGACUUCGACAUAAACCCCUAUGAAUGUAAAUGAUACAGGAAGAACUACACUUUUCGUAUCUUUUUAGGACCCAACAUUUAAAAACGCACAGUGCAGGGACUUCCCUGGUGGUCCAGUGGUAAAGAAUCUGCCUUACAAUGCAGGGGACGCAGGUUCGAUCCCUGGUCAGGGAACUAAGAUCCCACAUGCCACGGGGCAACUAAUCCCACGUGCCACUACUACUGAGCUCAUGUGCCUCAACUAGAGAGCCUGCGUGCUGCAAACUACAGAGCCCACUCACUCUGGAGCCUGCACGCCACAACUAGAGAAGAGAAAACCCACACACCAUAACUAGAGAGAAGCCCGUGUGCCGCAACGAAGAGCCCGCGUGCCGCAACUAAGACCCGACGCAGCCAAAAAUAAAUAGAAAAUAAAUAAAAAUUAAAACGCACAGUGCAGAAAUGCCCUCUCCAUGUAGGAAAUCUGGGAAGUCUUCAGAGAUUCCUGAAAGCUUCAUGUGCAAAGAGACUCAGGAAUGUAAGAAAUGUUAAAAAUCUUUCAGGUGUUACUCAGUCAACGUGCAGUGGAGAGAAGCCCUGUCAAGGUGUCAGGUAUGUGAGGAAUCUUUACUUCUGCCUCCUAGGUUCAUAUUCUCGGGUAAUCUCACAGAGGCAGAAAAUGUUAUGAAUGUUAGAAAUAGGGGAAUACCUUCACGUGUGUGUAUUUUUUUGGAUUUCAACCUUUAGUAAAAACGAUAACUCAUACCAGAGAGAAAUUGUGAUUGUAGGGUACCUGGGAAAUGGUGUAUCCACUUUAUCAAUCUUAUUCUAAAUACAUGUAAAAACCCACCCUGGAAAGAAGCUGUAUGAAAGCAAACAUGUGGGAAUGAUUUUUGGUAAAUACACAUCACUUAAGAGACUCAUACAGUACUCACUGGGGAUAAACUAUGAAUGUGAGGAAUUUUGGAAAGCCUUCAGGUGCUGGUCUUCACUUAUUAUGCACAGGAGAAUUCAUGCUGGAGGAGAUAGUGAAAUCAAUAACGUGACAUGAGAUUGCCUUUCUGUGUGUCUUAUUCUCAUGGAAAGCACCUGGCCCCUUAAUUUUUUGGGGUGAUUUUAUAUUAUAAAAGAGCUUUUAAAGUGACUCUAACUUUGCUGUACAGCAGAAA